GUUAGAAUCAUCGAUGAGCAAUCAGACUAAACUAACCAAUGGCUGGACAGCAUCAGCACCUCAUAGGGAGAUAGUAGGGGAUUCCCCUUCUAGUUCACCUGACAAUGGUGAUGAAGAUGUUGUACUUCUAAGGCAGGCGCAGGUUCCAUCUUUUGAAGCUAUAUUGGAAGCACAGGGAAAGGAAUUGAUAGUAGAUGAAACAUCAGAAGACUUUGAAUGGGACUUCGACAUGGGCCAUCUUAUUUGUGCUCCCCUCCAGUCAGCUCCACCCUCGUCUCGUGUUCAGGAACACGACGAUGACGAUGAUCAAUCAGAUAAUGAAUCGGACAGUGAUCUUUCAGGGACGGAGGGAACGUAUCAUAUCUCAGGGUUACCAGAUGACGAUGAAGAAGAGGAAGAAGAAAAGGAGGAGGAGGAGACGGAAGGACUAGGUAGUGAAAUGGCCUAUGAGGUGUUUAAUGCCUUGAUGCCCGACUCAUCGCGUCUCGAUACGAGCGUAGAGAGGUCGAAGAUCUCCUUGGUAACCAGCGCUGACAGCCAAUUGGCCAGGAGAAGUAGACCUUCACUCUCACAUCUACGAGACAGGGCUCAAUCCAGUUCAGAGUUAAUGGAUGAACUUGUACCUACGAAAGAAAGCCCACCAAUCAUAGCAAAGAAACCUCAGCCAAUGGAACGUACGCAGAUGGUACGUGUCCUUCCCACAAUGCCCCCUGGUACUACCAAACCCAGCGAGGUAUUACGUAAUCAACCGGCCUCUCCGAAGCUUGGCAGGUUCAGAGACGAAGGUCAGAGUUCACCUCCAAGGUCACCAAAGAUGGGACGCCCUCAAGUGUCAGAAAAAGAACCAGAUAACAGUACAGACCACAUAGCCUCAGGUUACCAGAGUCCACCAUCUCCUGUCCCUGUACCCGUCACUACGGCAACAUCAUCAUCAUCAGGCCUUCCACCAGCUAUGCCUAUCUUGAGGUUACAGCAACCAAACACAAGUGCCCAUAUAGAAUCGUCCCCUUCAUCGUCUUCACCAGAAGGAGUAGGGGUAAGCCUGGUCUCAUCUCGCCCCCACCACCGGCAUAAACAUGAAGAGAGGGCUGUAGAUGUACCCUUUGAUCAGCAGCUGAGUCCUGAGUUAUCUAGUCAGGGUAGUCGUAGCUCUGAGGAUCCUCCUAUGUACGCUCCUCAAGAUGAGAAGAGACAGAUGUUCUCAGCAUAUUCACAAGAUAACCUUGGUGGUAUGCCUGGUGAGUUUGGAGGAGGAAAGAAGAAGAAGAAAGGCAAAUACAGCAUCUCAGCACCACCACAGGAUGAACCUACCCAGAAGCCUCAUCAUAUAGACGAGCGACCGGUGUGGGACUGGAAUACAACCCAUGUAUCACAGUGGCUGAUGGCUAACAAUCUAGCUCAGUACAUCAAUGAUUUCUCAGCUAACUCUAUCAAUGGACAAAUGCUGCUACAGCUAGACGGGGCAAGGUUAAAGACGAUCGGUGUGACGAACACAAACGAUAAGAACACAUUCAAGAAGAAAGUCAAGGAGCUGAAGGCCUGCGUGGAGAAGGAGAAGAAAGCACAGCAAAAGGAACAAAAAGCAAGAGAAAAACUACAAAAGAAAGCAGCCAAGAAAAUGUUUGCAACAAGCCCAUAGAUGACAGUGUAUAUCAAAUUUAUUCUUAUAGUGCACAUCCCAAAGUAUUUAUUGCAGAUUAUAGUCAACAUUUCUAUCUCUUAUACUAGGAUGCAUAAGAAAAGCUCUUUGGCUUCUCCCCUUUUUAUAAAACAUCAUGAACUUAAUAUUAUGGGACUUUAAGGUUUACAAAAAAAUCACCUACCUGUAGUAAUUACUCCUGAACAUUGCUUCUUAGACAUUGUAUUCAGAUUUAUAUAUGUACGAGUGUGUGUCCACACAACAUAUCUUUUGGUAACUUUAAAUGUUAUGUCUCAUGUUAGGCCUCAUGUAGAUCAUGGGAUCUUAUAUGAUAGCUUUGCAGGGAGGAUGAAGAGGUUGGAUGGGAACCACAAACAUGCCGCCAAGAACUCAUUUUUUGUCAUAAAUCUGUUCAGAAACUAUGUUCCUUAACAGUUCCUUAGACAGAAUGUUAUUCCAUAGGUGCCAAACAAUUUGAGUUUUAGCAAUACAUGCAUGCAGCAGGCACCCAAAGUCUUUGCUAUGAUUAUUUCUUCACAUAGUACUCCAUGCUUUAGAAUUCUCAUAAAUCUUUAUCGGUUCAAGAGACUUUGUUGCUCUGAAGUAGAAUGUGAUCUAAUGAUCUCCAUCUUCUAGAACAAAAAGGUAAGUAGCAUAAGGGUGUAUGUCACCUGUCAAAGUAUCAUGCAUUUCCAUUUGGAAAUAUUUUAUGACAAAAACAAAUGAGCUGAAAUAUUGGUAUUUAUAGGAGUUUGAAAUGAUGCUCUUAUAAAAAUAGUCCCCUUAAUUUCCAAAAUCAGAAUGUUUUUUUAAUGAAGAAAUUAAUAUAUCCUUAUGCUUCUUAUCUUUGUGUGAUGUCUGCCAACCUGUUUCUAUGGUGAUGGAAUGAGGGGUCUCCUACGAAAAUAAAAUGUCACUUUUCUUCCAGAUUUUGUAUAGCAUUAAAAAAGAGAAUUUAUAAAUGUGUAUUUAAGCAGAUUGGUACUCUGGCCCAUGUUUUUAUAUGCCGAAAUGUAUUUAGAAGAAGAAAAAAAAAUCAUAAAGGAAAAUAUACCUCGAAUAAUCUUGUAAAUUAAAUUGGUCAUUGUAUUGCUCAUGAGAAAAAAUAGAUGAAAACUAUAUUUUGUAUAAAGCAACCAUUGUCUAUGCUGUCACCAGCAAAUGUGAUAUUAAUGAUAUUAAAAGUCACAAUGAUACAAUAUUACUCUGUAGACUUGACUUUCAUAGACUUUAUUAUCAAGCUGUAAAUGUAAUUCAAAUAAUGCACCUUUAUCAAGCAAUCAUCUUAAAUGG